AUGGCGGCCAGGGAAGCGACUGGGCACAGCUACCUGGUGGCUUGCUGGCAGCCCAUUCUGAUCUUGAUGUUGGGCACCGUGCUCUCUGGUUCCACCACAGGCUGCCCCUCCCGCUGCGAGUGCAACCUUCAAGAGCGCUCUGUGAUGUGCCACCGCAAGAAGCUCAUGACAGUCCCUGAAGGGAUUGCUGCAGAUACAAGACUACUGGACCUUGGCAAGAAUCGCAUCAGAACCAUUAACCCGGACGAGUUUGCCAACUUUCCUAACCUGGAACACCUUGAGUUGAGUGAAAACACAAUCUCUACCAUUGAACCUGGAGCGUUCAACAACCUUUACGGCUUGCGGACAUUGGGGCUGCGAAGCAACAAGCUUAAGCUCAUCCAACUGGGGGUUUUCACAGGCCUGAGCAAUCUCACAGAGCUGGACAUAAGUGAGAACAAGAUUGUCAUACUGUUGGACUACAUGUUUCAGGAUUUGUACAACCUUCGGUCGUUAGAGGUGGGUGAUAAUGACCUGGUUUUCAUUUCCCACCGAGCUUUUCAUGGCCUUAGUAGCCUUGAGCACCUGAGUCUAGAGAAGUGUAACUUGUCCUCUGUACCUACAGAGGCUUUUACCCAUCUCCACAGUUUGAUCACCCUCAGGCUUCGACACUUGAAUAUCAAUGUGAUACGGGAUUACUCAUUUAAACGUCUCUAUCGACUCAAAGUGCUUGAAAUAGCCAAUUGGCCGUAUUUGGAUACGAUGACUGCAAAUUGCUUGUAUGGAUUAAAUCUCACCUCUCUGACCAUCGCCAAUGCCAACCUUACCACAAUUCCCUAUGUAGCCCUGCGACACUUGGUUUAUUUGCGCUUUCUUAAUAUUUCAUACAACCCUAUUCAUACCAUUGAGGGGAAUAAGCUCCACGAUCUCUUGCGUCUGCAGGAAUUUCACCUGGUUGGGGGCAGACUGGCGAUGAUUGAGCCCUACUCUUUCCGAGGUCUAAACUACCUGAAGAUUCUAAACGUGUCUGGGAACUCUCUUACCACUUUAGAGGAGUCAGCUUUCCACUCAGUCGGCAAUCUGGAGACCCUUGCGUUGUAUGAUAAUCCCCUGGCCUGCGACUGCCGUCUCCUCUGGGUUUUCCGCCGGCGUUGGAGGCUGAACUUCAACAAGCAGCAGCCCACCUGUACCUCCCCUGAGUUUGUCCAAGGUAAAGAGUUCAAAGACUUCCCAGAUGUUUUGCAGCCAAACUACUUCACGUGCCGCAAGUCCAGGAUAAAGGAUCGCAAGCCCCAGCAAAAAUUUGUUGACGAGGGAGCCAUUGUUCAUUUUACGUGUGAAGCAGAUGGAGAUCCUGCACCAGUUAUAAUGUGGCUUUCUCCACAGAAAAAGUUCAUAACAGCCAAGACGAUUGGAAGGAUCUCUGUGUUGUCAGAUGGUACCCUUGAGGUGCGUUAUGCCCAGAUUCAAGAUAAUGGUACUUACCUGUGUAUAGCUAUCAACGCGGGCGGAAAUGACACCUCUCUUGCUCACCUGCACAUUCAUAGCUAUUCCCCGGACUGGCCUCACCAACCCAACAAGACUUUUGCCUUCAUAUCCAACCAGCCCGCAGAGACUGGUGCUAAUGGUACAAGGGCCAACGUCCCUUUCCCGUUUGAUAUAAAGACAUUGAUUAUCGCGACCACAAUGGGCUUCAUCUCUUUUCUUGGUGUGGUCCUGUUUUGCCUGGUGCUCCUGUUCCUUUGGAGCAGAGGUAAAGGCAACACCAAGCACAACAUUGAGAUCGAGUACGUGCCACGGAAAUCAGACGCUGGCAUGAGCAGCAGCACAGUGGAUGCUCCUCGCAAGUUUAACAUGAAAAUGAUUUGA